GCCUGCAAAGGCAUAGCUCUCGAGAACCUCUGCCCUACAUGUGGAUUAUCUGUGACAUCCUCCCAGAUGUUGGGUUAUCAGGGCGCACUGCUCAACAUUUAUGCAUAAUACUUUUUAUUUGUUGCGUGCUUCCACAGUUAGGAAGUUGUCUUUUCAUGGCUAAAACCCGGAGAAGUUUUCAUUUCUGCGAUGAAUGGAUACUUGCCUCCAUAUUUCAACAUCUGCGCAUUAAAAUCUGAUGUAAGAUGAAAAAAUGAAGAAGAAAAGAGUGAGUUUUUCUGUUUCCACUGUGCCACUACUCUGAACGCAUGGCACGGAUGAGGCAACGCUAACGACGAGAGAAAGCUCAUUCAAUGCCAGACAUCAGAGGGUGCAAAUAAAAUAUGAUAAAAGUGACUAAAAGUUAUGGAGCUCUCGGGUCAAGUCGAGCCAACUCAGCGGGUCAACACCACAAACGACAGUUUUACUACAAAUUCAUCCAUUGUGGAUGAGAGCGCAGAGAGUGUCGCCUAUCAGAUCAGCUUGGCUGUGAUUCUCUCGAUUAUCACACUCGCCACCACUUUAUCCAAUGCCUUUGUCAUCGCAACGAUUUCCCAGUCGAAGAAGCUGCAAACUCCCGCAAACUUUCUGAUCGCCUCUCUGGCCGUCACUGACCUGCUGGUGUCUAUCCUAGUGAUGCCCAUCUGCGUCCUGUACACCGUGAUCCACACCUGGACGCUCGGACAAAUAGUUUGCGACAUCUGGCUCUCCUCGGACAUAACGUGUUGCACUGCGUCCAUCCUCCAUCUGUGCGUAAUCGCUUUGGAUAGGUACUGGGCCAUCACUGACGCAGUGGAGUACUCUAAAAAGCGCACAACGGGAAGAGCGGCAGGGAUGGUGGCCACAGCCUGGGUCAUCGCCAUCUCCAUCUCCCUCCCGCCUCUCUUCUGGAGACAGGUGAAAGCGGAUGAAUUAACAAGCUGUAGCGUCAACACAGAUCACAUUUUCUACACCAUUUACUCCACUUUUGGGGCUUUCUACAUCCCAACCUUGCUCCUCAUUGUCCUCUACGGACGGAUAUACGUGGAGGCUCGGAAAAGGAUCCUGAAGCAGUCCCCGAAGAAGGUUGGGAAGAGACUAACAUCGGCUCACCUGGUCUCCAACUCCCCUGGGUCCGCGGCGUCCACUAGCUCUCUGCAGUGCGGGAGACACGACGCUCCGUCCAGCGACACCGGGUCUUCAACGAGCGAGAACCAGGUGAAAGUGACGUUGUCCGAUGCGGUUUUGGAGAAAAAGAGAAUUUCAGCAGCAAGAGAACGAAAAGCGACGAAGACUCUGGGGAUAAUCCUCGGCGCUUAUAUUAUUUGCUGGCUUCCGUUUUUCAUCUACACGUUGCUGGUGGCAACAUGUGACACAUGUUUUAACCCCGAGUUAUUUGACUUUUUCACCUGGCUGGGAUAUCUCAAUUCCCUCAUCAACCCGAUCAUAUACACCAUGUCAAACGAGGACUUCAAAAAAGCUUUUCACAAACUCACGCGCUUCAGAUGUUGCAGGCUGUGAGCUGCAGCACCUCCGGUCACUGACAACUUUUGUUUAUGUGUCUAUUUUCUUAUAUGAACUUCUGAAACAAGAAUCCUUCAAAUAAUAAGCUCUCUGUGACUCACAGGCAUUAUGAGGAUGUGAAAAUGGGACUUUUUUCAUUUGAAUCGGGAUGGAGAUGAAAAAAAUGCCAGUUUUAUUGAACAAAAAAAGAAAAAGUGGUGAGAAAUUGUUCUACAUAAAAUGCAUAGUUGUAAAAAAUAUUUCCAUUAUCUAAAUACAUUUAAAAAAAAUUCUAAUUCAAUGAAGCCAUGAUGAGGAGAAAUGCCAAUUUAGAAAAAAGUAAAAAAAAAAAAAGAAGCUUGUUUUUAUUUACAAAAGACCUGAUUUAGUAUUUAAUACAAAGAGAAAUCAUUUGUGAAGAUAGGCAUUUUGCAUAUUGAGGGUGGUGGUGGGAAACUUCUAAUUUUUUUUGACACUGCUUCACUUUAACCUUUCACAUAUCAGUUAAGUGAUGGAUUAUUCUGUGUGGAUUCCUAUUUGGCUGGUAAAGUAUGUUAAUGCAGUGCAUAGCACUUACUCCCAUGAUGCCUGACCCAUUAAUGUGAAUAAGCAGCAGAAAUCAGGAGCAACAGACAUGAUUUUGAAUUCAUAAAUACCUUUUGGAUAAAUGACCCUGGAUAAUUUUUUUGGGGAUUAUGUGAAUACCUGAAAGCAAGGUUGCCGGUUCAGUUAUAUGUCUACGUAUGCUGAAAAUAACCAUAGGUUUAUAUUUUGAUCAUAGUCUUGGGCCGCUCGAUGCUGUGGUUAUCUUUGUUUAGAAAGGCACACCCAUGCAGUUGAAAGGAAGAGUGAGAAGUCUGCUUUCCUUCUGGGGCUUUAAGAAAAGCUUCAUCUGCAGCUGAUAUUAAUGCAGCAAAGCUGAUGAUCACUCAUAAUAAAUUCAAUUCUGCUGAACAAACUUAAUCUUGUUUAACUGUGCAUGGGUGGGCCUGUUUUCUGCCACAUUCAGUCUGUUUCUUCAGUAUGUCCUGUUCGUGUGUCACAUGGUUUCCCCAUCUUAUGGCCGCAUAGAGUGAUCUGAAUUGUAGAAUCUGGCUUGCAGAGCUACAUAAAAAAUGCUGAAGAUCUGCCAGCAUAAAAUGAAAACAACGUUUGUUGCUCUAGUAUUUGUUCUCAUUCAGAGGCGCUGUGUAAUAAAGGCUUUAAAAUAUUUGUCUUUGAGUAAAAGCUUUAAUGCAGUUCUUAGUAAAGAUGAGCCAUGCUGGUCCUUUCAUUUGUGUUUUGCCAUGUUUAUAUUGUGGCAGAUGACUUGCAGUUUUCUCCCUGUUGUGAGGUGUUACCUUGAAAUCUAAUGAGAGAUUAGAGUCACGGCCAGAAAACAUUAUGAUGACAUCAAAAUUGAAAUCCAACAACCUCUCGAGGCACUCGGAGAUGUGGGAAAGCAUUAAACAGCGCGGAUCAAUGUGGACAAGAGGGUGUCGUUUCGCAUCACUUCCUCCUCAUGUUUUAAGGUUGCGCUGCAGCUCGCUGCUGUUUGAUCUCCUCACCAUCUCCCUGCCCUUCCUCUGCCACCUUCCUGCAGGAGAACAAGUCUUUGCUUUCAUAGUUCAAUAAGUCAUGACAGCGAGCGCAACUGAUGCUAUUCUAGUGUACUUCACGUAUGCAGAAAGGGGCACUCAUGUUGUCAGCACAUAUGGAAGCACACGCGCUGACAUCUUUUGGCUUUCCAUAUAUGAAUUUUAACAUGACCCAUAACACUUGACAGAGGAUUGCACUUGAACAGGAAGUCAUUCAGAGAAUUUUAUACAAUUUUCUAAGGCAGACGCAGGUGCGUUCAAGACUGACACAAUGUAAUAUCCGUAAUCUAUAUAUUUAAAGACUUUGCUUGUGGUUGUGACUUUCACAUUAUUUAUGUUUCCUAAAGGGAAUCAGAGGUCUUAACUCCAUGCAGAGAUUUCAGCAACACGAACUAAUGUUGUAAUAAUCAAUAUUCUUUAUUCAGUUCUACAAUAAAUGCUUUUAUUGAAACUAUUUGACUAUAAAACACAUAAUAAAUACAAAAAGUCUCAAAAUUUUGGUCAGCUAAGGAUAAGACGACGAACAAACUGAAUAAAAUGAACUGAGAAACACUCUUUACCAGGGCUGAGCUUUGGGCUGAGCUUUGCCACAAAAAUAAGAAACAUUUUCGUGCUUGUUUGGGAGCAGAACAGAGGAAAAUGUUGUCCCCAAAGGGAGUUCUUUAAUGUUUCAACCUACAAGAUCUUCAUCAGACAAACAUCCAUCUGAACACAAAUUAUGCAACAUUCUAAACAAAACUGAGUGCAGUGUGGAUAUUAUGCAUGACAAAACACAAAUAUAUGCC